UCUAAAGAGAAAAACAGAAGUGCCGAUAAGAAAAGAUGAAAUAUUCUAUUCUAUUCUUUUGUGCUGGACUUUGCGUCUUAGCCGUUAAUGGUCAACUAUGUAUGAACGUAAAUAGAGAGUGUCGCAACAGUGCAGAAUGCUGUGUGAAUCUUGUAUGCAAUAACGAAAAGUGUGUAAGAAGUGCCCCUCCAAAUUGUCGGCAAAUGGGAGAACAAUGUUUAGAGAACCGUAAUUGCUGUAUGAAUUUAAGAUGCCACGAGAGAGACCGUGUUUGUGAGAGACGACGAGACGACUGUCGAAGAGAAAAUCAAGAAUGUGCCGCCGAUGGAGAAUGUUGCGAUAGUCUUCGAUGUAGUAGAGAAAGAUGUACAGAUUGUCAAGGAGAGGGAGACGAUUGCAGAAAUAGAAAUUGCUGUAGUGGUUUAAGAUGCCAAAAUGAACGUUGCAAUCGUGAAAAUUGUCGCAAUAUUGGACAAAGAUGUUCAGAGAACAGUCAAUGCUGUUUCUUAUUAAGAUGCGAUCGUCGCCAGGGUACAUGUCAAUUAAAUAUUUAAUAAAAUUUUAAAUCAAACCUAAU